CACAUAUCUCAGCCUUGUGAUUAUUUGUGCAGUGGAGAGGUCCAACAAGGAAUUCCUGUUGUACAGAAAGCAUACGGAGAUAGCAUUCAUAAAGUUUUGCAUGUUGUGUUGGUCCAGACAGACACUUGUUAUGUGGUCUCUAAAUUGCAAAAGGAAGAUGAGAACCAUAUAAUAUAGAGGAUGCCGAUAGUAAUUGCAAAGCACAAAUCCGUUGAUCGAGGCAAUGUGUCUGUGGCUGAUAUCAAGUUUCCUCUUCCAUAUAGGCCAAAAUCUUUCUCUCUUGUAAUUGUUUCAGAUACUCUGGAUUACCUUUCCCUAGAUACCUCAAUAAAACUCUUCCUGAUUUGGCGAGAUGAAGGUUUUCCAACUAAUCUGAAGGCCAAGGUAGCAGAUGUUUCUAAAUUUGGAAGAGCGGCCAAGAUGAGGAGUGGAUCCUGGUUUUUCCUUCAGAAUAACUUAGAGGAGAAUGAAGCUGUUAAUAAGAAGUUUGAACAAGCUUCAACACAGAAUUCUUAUGUUCCAAAAUGCCAGAUAUUCCACUUGAAGUCACUCCAUUGAUUUAUGAGUUGAUAAAUUGAGUAGCAUUGCGGCACUGAUACUCUUCACACUACUUUCAAAGUAUUACUUUUAAACCUAACCAAUAGUUGAUAAAUUGAGUCACUCCAUUGAAAGUUAUUAUUACAUUGAAUACUGAAAAUGA